CUUAAAAAAAAAAAUAAACAUCCGAACAAACCAACAAACGCAGAUAACUGCCCGGAAAGCGUUACCGGAGUUGAUCGUCGGCCACCGUAGACCGCAGUUAACAUCAAUGGCAGAUAAUGAUCGAGAGUUAGCAAUGCCAAGAGACGCAAAGAUUUUGAAAAAUUUGUUGAAAUCAAUGGGAGUGGAAGAUCAUGAACCUUGUGUUAUAAACAAGUUUCUAGAACUAUGGUAUCGUUAUGUUGUUGAUGUUUUAACAGAUGCGCAAGAUUAUUCAGAACAUGCGGGUAAAUCUACAAUUGAUUGUGAUGAUGUUAAACUUGCUGUUCAAUCUAAGGUUAACUCUAGUUUCUCUCAACCACCCCCUCGUGAGGUUCUUCUAGAGUUGGCUCAUAAUCGCAACAAGAUACCAUUGCCAAAGAAUAUUACUGGACCUGGUUUUUCUCUUCCACCUGAUCAGGACACAUUAAUGUGUCCCAACUAUCAAUUUGCAAUUCCAAACAAAAGGUCGGCUGAAUCUAUAGAAGAUACAGAGGAUGAAGAAACUGUCAAUCCCAACCCUUCACAGGAAGAGCAGACAGAUAUGCAAUUGAAUCUUCAUCAUGAAAGAGUGUCAUUUCCUCUAACCAAACGCCAAAAGGAUUAAUUUUACACCUCAUUUGCUGCUAAUGUUUAAUUUAGUCUAGCUUGUAGCCUCAUUUGUAAUUGUUGCACUACAAUGGUAGUAACACAAAAGGGAUUGUGGUGUUAGUAUUUCAUUUUAGCUUGAUUAGUUAUUAUCUUCCUCUGUACAAUCUUGCCGAAAUUCAGCUUCUAAAAGGGAAUCAAUUUAUUAUC